GAAGGCCCCCGCUGGAGGACAGACGCACACGCACAGCACCGGUCCCUCCCGGCGGGAUGUUUGUGCCCUGCGGCAGUUCCGCUGCUCCGGACUUUGAAGGCUUCACGCUCCUGCUGCCAGCUGUAUCAGUUGGGAAUGUUGGCCAGCUGGCGGUAGAUCUAGUUAUUUUUACCCUUGGCAUGCCUAAAGUUGGUUACUUAUAUACUGAUUGCCUGGUGCCAAUGGUUGGGAAUAAUCCAUAUGCAACAGCAGAAGAAAACUCAACAGAGUUGAGUAUAAAUGCUGAAGUGUAUUCUUUACCUUCUAAAAAGCUUGUGGUUCUCCAGAUCAGAUCACCGUUUGUACAGAACAAAUAUAGGUCAUUUUGCCAAACACUGCUUUCUUGGGUGAAAAGCAGUAGAUGUGCCAAAGUCAUUCUUCUAUCAAGCAGCCAUGCAUAUCAGCGUGAUGAUCAGCAGCUUCAUGGUACUCCACUACGAUACUUACUCUCACCUGCUAUUCAGAAAACAGCUGGAGAGCUAAUGCAGAGACUAAACUGGAAAGAGAUGGAAAAAGUUGCUGCUUACCCAGGAGUAAAUGAUGCAGACAUGGUACUACGUAUUCCUGGAGGUGGCAUCACAACAUUAUUAUUCAAUGAGAGUUGUUCAAAUGGAAUUCAAAUGGCAGUUCUGGUGAAAUUCUGCUCAGAGGGGGACAACAUCCCUGAUGCACUGGCUCUUGUUAACUAUCUUAAUGAAUGGCUCCAGCUAAUUAAAAGUGAACAGAACAGUGAUGCCCCAGCUGCUCCUUCACAAUGGAAAAUACCACAUUCUUGGCGAUUACUCUUUGGCAGUGGCCUUCCACCUGCACUCUACUGAUUAGUCUGGUAUUCUGAAAAAUCAGUUGUAUAAAAUCUGUAACCUCCCUCUAAAGCAUAACAAUGUUAAUGAAUGCCAAGCAACAACAGUAUGUACAUUAAUAUCCUCUAUUUAUGCAAACAGUUCCUUUAAUAUAAUGUGAAUAUCAAAAUUAAUGUAGGUCUCACUCUGACUAAAGAGGUAUAUAGUGUGCACAGAAGUUUUUGGUAUCUUUUAGUGACUUUUUUCCUAAUAAAAUACUUUUAAAAAG